AUGUCGGCUUCCAACGUUGGUCCCCAGGCACCGAGUAGUGCUCAUGAUCUGGAGAGCCAGCAUUCUUCUGAGAGGAGCCCGCUCUCAAAUUUUGGGUUCCUGAAAACCCUCGGUCUCGAUAAGAAGCAAACAAAAGAUGGAGCAGCCCCAAAACGUCGCGGGCCCAAGCCCGACAGCAAACCUGCCUUGACCCGUAGACAGGAACUGAAUAGACAAGCCCAGAGAACACACCGAGAACGCAAGGAAAUGUACAUCAAGGCUCUCGAACAUGAAGUGCUCCGCCUCAAGGAACUCUACGGAUCUAGUGUGUCGGAUCGCGACGCUGUCGUCAACGAGAACAAGCGUCUAAGAGAGCUUCUCCUGGCCCACGGCGUUCCGCUCGAUAGCCUACAGUCGCUCCCGGCAAUGCGCGGCAUGCCUGCGUCGUACAACGGCAGCUCCAGCGGCAGUAUCUCUGGCAGCUACCGUCAAGAUUCCAGCACUGGCGAUUUCAGCCCCCCUCCUCUCCGCUCUCAGGACUCCAAGCCCAUGGCUAGUGCAGGCCAACUGCCCGGCCAGCAUCUGGACUACGACCAGAUUGGCAUCGACUUUGUCUUGACUCUCGAACGGCCCUGUAUGGAUCACCUGCAAUACCUCGUGGUCCGCUCACACAACCCCGAGGGACAACCAUUCCAUCACCCCAUGGAGAGACCCGAUGACAUGGAGCACGAACACAUGUGCGGCCAUGCACUGAUGGCGACGUGUCCUCCACCGUCGCACAUCAUGAACAAGCCUGGAGACCCAUACGGUCACAGAAUGCCUGAUCUGAAGGCUCCAGAUCUCAUGAAGCUGUUGGACCUUAGCGCACAGCUGCCCCUUGAGGGUGAGCUCACGCCCGUCAUGGCGUGGAUGCUGGUUCUGCAGAACAGCAGGGUUUCGGAGAUGACGGCUCACGACUUUGAGCUUGUCAAGGCCGACCUUGCUGGAAAGGCCAGAUGCUACGGCUUUGGAGCCGUCUUGGAAGAGUUCGAGGUCCGCGAUGCUCUGAGCAACCUCUUCAUUGCAAAGGAGAACAUGUCAGUCAACCAGGUUACCAUGGCUCAGCAGCCAAUCGAGGCUUAUUGA